AUGACACUCGUGGACGUGGAUGCCAAUGCAAGAGAGGCAGAGGAAACAGAACUGGAGAUAAACCUUGAGGAGAUAGAACCACCAGUGCCUCCGGAUGGUGGAUGGGCGUGGAUGGUGUUACUUGGCAGUGUAGUGUGCAUGUUUUGUGUUGAUGGUUUGUCAUUUUCAUUUGGGAUCCUACUUUCCGACCUCCAGUCAAGUUUUGAGUGCACUAUGACAAAAAUUUCGCUAGCCGGCUCACUCAUCGUUGGAUUCACGCUUAUAUCCGGACCCCUUGUCAGUGCGAUUUCAAACAAAUUCAGUUUUCGAACAUUGGUCAUAGCGGCUUCGGUAGUAUCCUUUUGUUCCGUACUGGCCUGUGCUUUCGUUCAAGACGUCAAUACCUUCAUUGUACUAUUUGGGUUUGUUACUGGGACCAGCUAUGGCUUUAUCUAUCUGCCAGCCGCCACGAUAGUAUCGCAAUGGUUUGCAAAAAGGCGCGCAACCGCCACUGGCAUCUCGAUGUGUGGCAGCAGUAUGGGCACCACGAUAUACUCUUUCUUCCUCCCCAGCCUGUUAAAGGCCUACACAUGGCGUGGCUGCAUGGCAAUUAUGGCUGCAGUGUCGCUCCAUUGUCUUGCUGCUGGUUGCCUUUUUAUCCCCCUUCGUGAAUAUCAGAAACAUUGUUCCAUCGGGAAGAAGACGGUUCCCGAAGUAAGGUUGCAUCAAAAGGAUUCACAAGUAUUACUCGAAAAUGAUCAGACAGAGCCCAAACCCUGGAGAGGGAGAACUUCUAACUCUGGGUCUGUCGCCGAGACUGGCCACUUACGACACUUUGAAAAUGUUACCGAGCCAACGUCGAUGGGCAAAGCCGAGCGAGGGGACAAGCCCGAUAACCAGCUUCCCAAUUUGUCCUCCUCCGUUCGGGAAAAUAGGCAAAACGGCUUUGAUCAUCAUGACCUUGGAAAUUCAAAAUUGGAACCAUUCGGUUUAGUUGGGAGUGGGGACAUUCCUCGAAUAGAUGGAAUUCAUAAACGUCAGCCCCCUGUAGUUGGGCUGAACACAGUGACCCGUGUUGUUGGCGAGGUCUUGUUGCAUCAAAAUCGCAAUCGUCCAUAUUCCCGACGGCGUACUGUCUCUGCUCUCAACCGAUCUCCGCCGCCAUUGUCUGUUGAACCCUCAACUGGAGCUUCCGUUUACGUAAAAGUAGGCUUUUGGCUGUUUGAGGAUCGAUUUAUUCGCCACCUGGUGAAGUCCGUUCAAAUUAGGGGUGGAUUUACUGCACAUAUCAUCCGGUAUCACUGUAAAAAGACGCUUGAGGACGAUCCGCUCUUUUGGCAUGACCAGUCAAGAGGAAAUGAGCUAUUUGCUUCAGCGGUAUCACUCCGUCCGACCGCUGAGUCAGGUAUUACCGUAGAUCCUUCGCUUAGACGGGAAAUCGUUCGUCAGUUGGAAAGAGAAAUGGACAUGCCUGCGAAUCGCAGGGACUUUUUCUACUCCGGUAGCAUGGUGCAUAUUAACGAGUAUAUCUCCUCAUCUAACUUGAACGAUUACGUGCGAAGCGUGACCAAAAUCCCCGCGAACGACUCAAGUGACCUCGCCGAGAUCACGCGCCCAUCCAACUACGUGCUCGCCAUGCUCGGUGAGCUGUUCGACAUCGGCCUGCUCAAAAGCCCCACGUUUAUUCUCCUCUUGGCAUCGAGUGUGUUUGGCCUCUUUGGCUACCCGGUGCCGUACGUAUUUUUGAAGGACGAAGCACAAACUCUGGGUUACUCAACGGAGUCCUCAGCUCAUUUGAUUGUCUACAUGUGUGCAGUAAACACAGUCGGUCGUGUCUUGGCCGGCGUGAUUUCCGAUUGGCCGUGCACGGAUGCGCUGAUUGUGAACAACGGAGCCUUAAUAGUCUCUGGAGUCGCCUGCGUUUUGCUGCCUGUGCUGCCCUCGUAUUCCGGCCACGUCACCUUCGCUGUUACCUACGGUCUUGCGAUAGCUGCUUUUGUUUCGUUGCGAAUUAUCCUGCUGGUGGAGAUGUUGGGGCUGGAGCGGCUCACAAACGCCUUCGGAUUCCUUUUGCUCUUCCAAGCUGGUUUCUACGACCUUCUAAAGAGCUACAAAUACACAUUUAUUUUGGCUGGUGGAAGUCUGAUAUUUUCGGCUGUCCUCUGCUUCCCUCUGCGGCCGAUUCUUCGCUGGGAGAAGCGACGACGUGGCGAAGUAGUUCCCCCACCGGAGGGCAGUUUUUGCGUGCGUCUUGUGCGUCGAGUCCGCGAUCACUUUGUGUAA